GACCCCCAGAAACCAGCCUGCUCCCCCAGGCUAGGAAUCCCCCAGGGGGUCCCUAUCCCUGAGCAGGGCUCCCCACCCCGCCCCUUGAAGCAGGUGCCAUGGCAGCGCCAAAGACCUACUCUAGGGUCUUGCAAGAAUCCCAGGACGUCUUCCACCGCUUCCCCCUCCAGCUGGUCCACGGGAUCCCGCUCAUGGAGCCCAUCGCCCAGCAGUGGGGCCCCAUCGAGGACUUCCAGGCCUGGCCUGACGACCUCCUCAUCUCCACCUACCCCAAGGCAGGGACCACGUGGAUGCAGGAGAUCGUGGACCUGAUCCUGGUCCGAGGGGACGUGGAAAAAGCCUGCCGAGCCCCGACCCACGUCCGGAUCCCCUUCCUGGAGAUCUGCUCCCCUCCCUCAGUGCUCUCAGGCGUGCAGCAGCUGGCGAAUGUUCCUCCCCCCCGAGUCAUCAAGACCCACCUGCCCUUCCAGCUGGUUCCCAAGUCCUUCUGGGAGAAUAGAUGCAAGGUGAUCUACGUGGCCCGAAAUGCCAAGGAUAACUUGGUCUCGUAUUACUUCUUUGACCAGAUGAACAAGACACAGCCCGAGCCGGGGCCCUGGGAGCUCUAUCUGCAGAAGUUCAUGGAUGGGAAACUGGCCUGGGGCUCGUGGUAUGACCACGUCUGUGGAUACUGGGCUGAACGGGCCAAUCACCGCAUCCUCUACGUCUUCUAUGAGGACAUGAAAGAGGACCCGGCCCGGGAGAUCCGCAGGAUCAUGGACUUCUUGGAGGUGGAGCUGCCUCCAGAGGUGCUGGAGAGAAUCGUCCAGCAAACGUCCUUCCAGAUCAUGAAGGAGAACCCCAUGGCCAACUAUAGCAGUAUCCCCAGAGUCAUCUUCGACCAGACCGUCAGCCCCUUCAUGCGCAAGGGCGAGGUUGGCGACUGGAAGAACCAUUUCACCGUGGCGCAGAGCGAGGCAUUCGACGCCCAUUACCAGCGCCGCAUGGAGGGGACCGGCCUGCACUUCCGGACCCAGAUCUAGGGCCCGCCCCGCAGGGGCAGACACCGCACUGCCGGCUGCUCCCUCAGGCUGGCUCUGACUCUCGCAGGCCUGGUCUCCACUAGGAAUGUUCUCCGGCACAGCGACAGCCCUCAGAGGUGUGAAAAUCUACACACUUGAGAGAUGCCGGUAUACCAACCUCAGCCCCAGCGUAGGCAGCGCUAGGUGGACGGACGAAUUCUCCAAGCGGCCUGGCUACUGCCUCUCGGGGAGGUGGAUGCCUAUGCGGAUGGGCGAAGCCCUGGCGCACACAGCGUCUUCACUGACGCGCUGGUUAGAUAAGCCCCCAGCCUUUCAGUUUUGUGUCUGUUCUGGCUUCUCACAGCCACCAGUGCCCCCUACCCAAAACCAUCCUCAGCACCACUCUUGGGCAGGCUGCCUUCUCCUUUGGUCCUGUCCUUGCAGCCACUAACCGAAGGGGGAGUUCACAGCUGUCAAGCUCAAUAAGAAUUGAAAUCAACCCCGAAGGAGGUUUCACCCUUCUGUACUACACCCCAGUGAAAUGGACUAGCCACCCCCUGGGAAAGGCCCCCCACCCUGACACACUUACGCAGCUCUGUAACUUCCCCCCUUGACUUCAGAGUGACAAACGCGUCAAAGGGGAUAUUCAGGUGCUCAGAGUGACACAUGGCCUUAAGCAGGUGCACGAUCAAGGGCUAAAACUGUUUUAUUACUAAAACCUGCUCUUGCUGGCAUAAAAUAGAGCAGGGCCUUAUGCUGGGGUGGUGCUGAGCUCAUCGUAGAGAUGCUCAUUGCUAGUUAAAAACGGAAUUGUUCUGGGCCGUUCUCUGGCCUGCGCUAUACAGACUGGAUGGCAGGGGUCUCUUCUGGUCUUGGCAAUCUAUGGGUGAAGCCCUGGCACUUGCCUUUUGCAGCGGAGUUGAGCCUUGUAAGCGUGAAACUUCUUAGCAGAAAACAUCUCCAUGUAAAAUCUACAAACCCACUCUCCUUCAGAAACCUGAUUAAAGACACUAGGACCAGACACUACAGCCACUUCGGCAAUUUCACACCAUCAGUGGGAAGAAACAAAUGAAAAUUGGUUGAAAUUUUAAGACAAUUUUGUACAAGGACAAUUGUUACCCACCCCGGACUCAGCUGAUGAGCUCUAGAAACGGCACCAGCUGGCGGGGCCCUGGCGCCGCUUUGGCCCCACACCCAGAACUGGGCCAGGCCCGGGGGCUGAGUGCCAGCAGGGAUACAGCGAAUAAUCGUGUGUGCGUCAGCUGGGUCAAUACAAAUAGCACAAAUCAGUCAAGA